AUGCCCGUUAUGGACGCAGGCAAUGAGGCAGUGAUCACUGAGAUCCUGGUUGAAGACAGCAGAGGUGUAUUUAGAGGACACAAGAGACCAGCAAAAUGGAUAAAAGGCAGUAACAGCAGGCACAGCGGCAGUAACAGCAGGGACAGCGGCAGUAACAGCAGGGACAGCGGCAGUAACAGCAGGGACAGUGGCAGUAACAGCAGGGACAGUGGCAGGGACAGCAGGGACAGUGGCAGUAACAGCAGGGACAGCGGCAGUAACAGCAGGGACAGUGGCAGUAACAGCAGGGACAGCGGCAGGGACAGCAGGGACAGUGGCAGUAACAGCAGGGACAGCGGCAGUAACAGCAGGGACAGCGGCAGUAACAGCAGGGACAGCGGCACAGGCUCCCUGUCCCUCAGUGUGCUCCUGGUGUCUCUAGCAGUCACAGUGUGUACUGUCUGGCUAGUGGCUCUGUGUGGCGUCUGUGGCUGGUGUCAACGCAAGCUGGGGAAGAGGAAUAAGCCAGGACUGGAGGCGGCUGGUACUUCAGAGGCGGGUCGUGGGCGAGGAGGAGAGAAAAAAGCCAUCAAUCACAGCGAUCUAGACAGAGACUUUUGGAAUAACAAUGACAGCAGCAGCUCAGUACAGGGGAGGAGGUGGAGCUCCUAUCCAUCCAAGGAGUUCCUACUAAACAUUUCUCCCAAUGCCCCACACGGAGAUCAGCGCCUCACACUCAAGGAAGGGAAGAUGGUGGUUCUUUCUUUGGCUAUUGGUUUGGCAGAGCAAGAUGACUUUGCCAAUAUCCCUGAUCCAAUCACCUCCAUGCAGGAAGCUCCAACAGCCAAUCAGGAAGCACUUCCUCCUCCAGACAAGAGGGGCGUGUCCAACAAGCCAGGCAACAGUCCCAAGGGCCACCCCCCCGACGGACACUCCUCAGUCACCGAUCUGGCCAACUCUCUCACCGGAGACAUGGUCAUGCUGUCCCCGGGCUCUGAGGAUGACGACGGUGAAGGUCCUAUCUGUGAGAAGCUGGGGCGGAUCCAGUUCUCGGUUGGCUACAGCUUCCAGGACUCCACCCUGACCGUCAAGAUUAUCAAGGGCCAGGAGCUCCCUGCCAAGGACUUCUCUGGGACCUCUGACCCCUUCGUCAAGCUCUACCUGCUGCCGGACAAGAAGCACAAGCUGGAGACCAAGGUGAAGAGGAAGAACCUCAACCCUCACUGGAACGAGACCUUCCUGUUCGAGGGUUUCCCGUAUGAGAAGGUGAGGGAGAGGACUCUGUACCUCCAGGUGUUGGACUUUGACCGGUUCAGUCGUAACGACCCCAUCGGGGAGGUAUCCAUCCCUCUCAACAAGCUCAGUGACCUGGGACACAUGCAGACCUUCUGGAAGGAGCUCAAACCCUGCAUGGAUGGAGCGGGGAGGCGAGGGGACUUGCUGGUGUCUCUGUGCUAUAACCCAACAGCCAACACCAUCACUGUGAACAUCAUCAAAGCACGCAAUCUCAAAGCCAUGGACAUAGGAGGAACAUCAGACCCCUAUGUGAAGCUGUGGCUGAUGCACAAGGACAAGCGUAUUGAGAAGAAGAAGACAGUGACCAUAAAGUGUUGUCUCAACCCCGUCUUCAAUGAGUCUUUCCCCUUCGAGGUUCCGGCCCACGUCCUCCGGGAGACCACCAUCAUCAUCACCGUCAUGGACAAGGACCGGCUCAGCCGCAAUGACGUCAUUGGCAAGAUCUACCUAUCUUGGAAGAGUGGUCCAGCGGAGGUGAAACACUGGAAGGACAUGAUGGGCCGGCCGCGUACUAAUGUGGCCCAAUGGCACGCUCUCAAGGCCUGAUCGUCCCGCCUACCCCCUCUUCAGUGACCCUGCCACUCCCCCUAGUCUCCAACAUUAAGGCCCUCCCCCUCCCUCCGACGUCCAAUCCCCAUCCUUAUGCACAACACUGACUAGCUGCCAGGCUACGAAACACGGGUACAAUUAGCCAUCCGCUCACUUUACCUUUAAACCCCUCGGCUCUCUUCUUCUCCUCUCCUCCUCUGUUCUCUCUAUCUAUUCUGCUUAUCUCUAUAUUUCCUCCUGUUAUCUUUUUAUUCAACCCUGUCUCUCUCCUUCACUCUGCCAAUGGUCCCCCUGUUUCUGUUUGUCUGCCUCUGUGUGUGUGUGUGAGUGUCUGUCUCUGAGGUUUUUCUCUUCCCUGUCUUCCCCAUCCCUGGUCUUCUCUUCCCUGUCUUCCCCAUCCCUGGUCUUCUCUUCCCUGUCUUCCCCAUCCCUGGUCUUCUCUUCCCUGUCUUCUCCAUCCCUGGUUUUCUCUUCCCUGUCUUCGCCAUCCCUGGUCUUCUCUUCCCUGUUUUCUCCAUCCCUGGUCUUCUCUUACCUGUCUUCCCCAUCCCUGGUCUUCUCUUCCCUGUCUUCUCCAUCCCUGGUCUUCACUUCCAUGUCUUCCCCAUCCCUGGUCUUCUCUUCCCUGUCUUCUCCAUCCCUGGUCUUCUCUUCCCUGUCUUCUCCAUCCCUGGUCUUCUCUUCCCUGUCUUCUCCAUCCCUGGUCUUCUCUUCCCUGUCUUCUCCAUCCCUGGUCUU